AUGACUGAUGAGAUGUGUCGUGAUAAAUUUGUAUUUGGCCUGCAUAGUGGUAGUAUAGGACUUUUGAAAACCCAUUUAAAACCAAACAAUACAUUAAAAACAAUGCAAGAUGUAGUGGCAGAGGCCAAAGCAAUAGAAUCAACCCAGAAAACAAACAAAAUAAUUGGGGAGGCUAAAAAGGGUUUAGAAACAAAGGGUUUAGAAGAGCAAGUUAAUUGGACCAGUCGCAGAAACAUGAAAUUAAAACGGGAUCCUGGUAAUGCCAUUGGUGUGGAAACCAGAGAACCGCACCCAUGGAAAUCCUGCCAGGCGAAUGAAAAAACCUAUGCAAAAUGUGGAGGGAAUGACCAUUUUGCUAAAGUAUGUUUGGAGGAACCACUACACGGACCUGGAGGGAGGCCCGCAUUUCAAAAUUAA